CGUUCCAUUCAUGGUAGGAAAAGCUUCCAAAAAAUCUCGACCCACAGAGAUGUGUGCGUGUGCGUGUAAAAGGCCUAUCGUGCGCCCUUGACCAGUGCCAUCAUUCCAUAGCCUAUAUAAAUACAACAAGCGCGUUUGCAAGCUCCGUUUGAGCUCCACACAGAGGGCAAAAGCAAGCGUCCGUCCGGCUAUCAAUCAAACGGGGCAGGGCAGCCUGUAGACACAGUGCCAACAAUCAAAGCUCUCCUCCUCCCCCCCUCCUGGCUCCUCGAUCAACAAAGCGGCCGACACGAUGCGUUGCGCACGACGCCACCAAAGCCGUCAACAUCUCGCGCGGACGGCACUGUCAGUUGCGCUGACGGUUCUGCUUAUCGCCACCACAGCCGCAGCGGCUGCCGUAGCAGCAGCAGCAUCAUCAUCCGCAUCAUCAUCCACAUCCGUGCCGCCGACCGAGCAGGGUGACGCGACCGACACGAUGCAGAACCUCUCGACGCACAUUCUCGACACGACGCGGGGCAAACCGACCCCGGAGGUGCCGGUCACGCUGUACGUGCGCGCCGCGAGCCAAUCCUGGACGAAGGUGUCCACCGGCAUCACCGACGGGGACGGCCGGUUCCGCAGCUUCUUCGCCGACGGCCAGCCGGGGCUGGCGGCGGGCGUGUACAAGCUGCACUUUGACGUGGGCCCGUACUUCCGGAGCCGCAGCGUCGAAAGCCUGUACCCGUUCAUCGAGAUUGUGUUUACCGUGGCCGAUCCGACGCAGCACUACCACAUCCCGCUGCUGCUCAACCCGUUCGGUUACUCCACGUACCGUGGCUCAUAAUUUGUGUGUUUGUAAAAGGGUGCUCUUCCCUCCCAGCCAAUAAAUCGCUUGCACCACUGAUCUGAUUUGCACCAACGAAAA